AAAAAAUGCAUUGUAAGUGUUGUAAUUGUGAUCCGAAGUAAAUUCGCAAGUAAUGUUUCCACAUACACAAAAUGUAAUUAAACCGAUUCUGUAAUUUUCACUUAGAAAAGACCGCCUGAAAGGAAAGUUGAGCAACAUAGAGAACCAAGUCAAACAAUCUGGAAUAAAUUUAGAUAAGUCGGAAGAGCUGCUUUCUAAUGCCUCCAAACUACUGGACAUAUCCAUCGGUAAACUGAAAGAACUACAGGACGCCCCCGAGAUUCUGGAAAAGAUGAACAAGAAGUUUGACGAAGAACUCAAAUCAAACAGCAAGAAGAUUGCCGAGAUUCAGGUCCUAAAGCCCAAAGUACAGGAGCAUACUCAAAACUUGUCGGAACGUGUACAAGAGUUGGAGCAUAUACUCUCAGAAUCACAGUACGGCUCCCAGGAUGCUGUUAAAGCUGCCAGAGCUUACAAAGACAUCGUUGCUGCAGUGAAAAGCGCUAGAGAGGCAGCUGAUAGUGCCCAAAAUGAUUCUAGCAAUGCUGCGGAGAUUCUAGCUAACGUCCACGAAAGGACCAAUGACGCCGAGAAUAAUGCUGCUACAGCCUUAGAGGAUGCCCAUAAUUCUGCAACAAUGGUUCAUCAAGAGCUAAGACCGAAGCUGGAUGAGUCGAUCCAGAGAUACCUUCCUGUGAAGGAGGCUCACAAGGAGAACGAAGACCUCUUAAACGAGAUCGAGAAGAUGUUAAAGAACAUACAGAUCAAGGACCUGAACACAGCUUACAAGAAUGCCUCUGACACGGCUGAUGCGGCUGCUGAGACCAUCAGUCAUGUUGAACCGGCUGUCAACAACUUGUUCAAUAAGUUAUCACAGGAAACUCAACAAGCCAAGCUGCUUCCCAAAGAACUGAAUGACAUGGAGCGCAAUUUGAAACAAACCGAAAAGCAACUGAAUACGGUAAAUGAAACUUUGCCAUCUGUCAUUCAAAGUCUAGAGGAGAUACCAAAGAAACAAGCUGAUAACAAGAGAACAUCGAACAACAUCAUGUCAAACAUCAACAAGCUGAAGCAACAAAUCGAACUGGCUAGAGAUACAGCUAAUAGAAUAAAGGUCGGAGUAAAGUUCUAUCCUAAUACUACGUUGGAGUUAAGAAAUCCGAAAAAUAUUGAAGAUCUCACCACUGCUACGAAGUUUUCGGGAUACUUCAAGACAAGCAAACCGAACGGUUUGCUGUUCUACAUCGGUAACCCACAAGGAACUAGUUUGCCUAAGACAAAGACGGAUGACUUCAUGGCACUCAUAAUACAAAAUGGUUAUCCAGUUUUGAAGAUGGACAUAGGAAAUGGUGUGCAAAAGAUCAUAAAUGAAAAAUACGUGGCUGAUGAUAACUGGUAUCAGUACACAGUCGAAAGGGUUGGCCACAAUGCGAAACUGACGAUACGAGAAGAGCUCCCAGAUGGCUCAGUGCAGAGCUACGUAAAAGAAACGGCCCUAUCUGGUCCAUACACAAUAUUCAACUUGGACCAAGAUAGAUCUAAAAUCUUUGUUGGUGGAUAUCCCUCUAAGUACGAUUCUCAGCUGCAAGACCAAGUCGAUAUGGAUUCCUUCCAAGGCGAGAUCGAAGAUGUGGUUAUUGGAAACACUCCUGUGUCCUUGUGGAACUUUGCUGACGGAUACGAGAACAACCACGGAGCUAAAGAAAGGAAUAAGUUAGUGGUACUGUCUCCAAGUACAGGAUUCAGGUUCAAUGGAAACGGCUACGCCAUUUUGGAAGCACGAUCUAUAUCGUUCAGGAUAAAAUCUGCGAUCGAGCUUUCUUUCAAGACAUUUGCACCUACUGGUUUGCUCUUCUUAGCAGGCAAAGGAAAUACCUUCAUUUCCAUCGAACUUCAGAACGGAAAAGUCUUGUAUCAGUACAACUUGGGCGGAGCGACGAAACGAUGGGUGAGCAGUGCAACAUACAACGACGGACAAUGGCACAAGAUCGUAGCGGAACGAGACGGUGCAAGAGGAAGAUUGCAAGUGGACGAUGAGAACAUAACUGACAGAACCAAACCCAUAAGCGGCACAUCCUUGGACAUUAUUGACACCAUGUCAUUUGGCGGUUACCCCAACAUGCACAAAUACUCAGAUGUGACCAACGUCAGAUUUGAUGGAUGUAUCAGCAACGUGACUAUCAUGAAAACGCCCAUCGACCUCAGGCAGAACAUUCAGGCGUAUGACGUCACACCGGGAUGUCCUGAUAAGUUCGCCCCAAUGGUGUCAUUUGAGCAACGCCAUCAAGGCUACAUCUCCUGGGACAGAAUCUCCAUCCAGAACAGGUUCAAUGCUAGCUUGAAGUUCAAGACGAUGGAACCUGACGGCAUGAUCUUCUACGUACGAGAUUUGAAUGAGGACAACGGAAUUUCGCUGUCUUUGAGAGAUGGCCACUUGGUUCUUAUCAGUCAGCAGAUAGAGCUAGUUUCCAAAGAUACCUUCAACGAUGGACAAUGGCAUGUGGUUUCUGUCAUUCACGACGAUACCAUUUUGAGAUUGGAUACGGACGAUUACGGAUUUAAAGUAACUGACCACCCUCCACCACAAAUCCACGUGUUGUACUCCACACUGCACGUGGGUGGCUUGCCAUUACAACCCGCACAUCUACGUGUGGGUUCAUCUGUGCCCUUCCGCGGGUGUAUAGCAGACCUUACCAUCAUGGGCAGGGUGAUGAACUUUGCUAAUACUACGGACCGCAGCUAUGCAGUGCUUGACAAGUGUAUCUUGGACCAUGACGUCUCUGUUGAAGUACCUGUACCGACGUUGAAACCAGUGAAACCGUUGCAAGCUGUCACCACGCAGUCUCCGGUAUUCGUGACAGUCAACCCUGAGGAAGCUGCCAAGGCAGGACGAGGAGACGGAGGCAAUGAUUUCCUGCGAACGAGCACCGAAGGGGCCAGGGGUGUGCCGCCCCUAAGCACCCUCGCCCCUGAGGUAAGAAGACCUGUCGAUACUGUGCCACUCACCACGCCCAGACCUAAGCUCGAAGGGUGCGCCUUGCCCUUGGAUCCAAAGAGGGAAAAUGAGAAGGAGGUUGGAUACAGACUAGGCACCCAGAGGUAUAGCAGAUUGAAGUUCAGCACUCCUAGGGGUAAAUACAAGAAGAGGUUCGACUUUAGACUAGAAUUCAAGACUAGGGAAAGUGAGGGUAUACUAUUCUAUUCAUCCAACAGAGAUCACAACCACUAUGCUGCUGUAUACCUUGAAGAAGGAAAGGUGGUGUUCACAUUCAAAGGAGAAGAAGCAGUCAUUAUCAAAUCAAGAUUCAUCUACAACGAUGACACAUGGCAUAUUGUUGAAUUCAACAGAGACCAAGGAAAUGGUAAACUGGUCAUCAACGAACAGUUAGCAGAAGGUAGCGCCCAGAACCCGAUACAUUUGGAGCUCAACGUUCCAUUCUAUAUGGGAGGAGUAGAUCCUGAUGAAUAUAAUCUGGUCCAAGCUAACCUGAAUACAACAAGUUCCUUUACGGGCUGUAUCCGCAACAUACAGAUGAAUAGCUUCCAAUUCGAGCCUUCAGAAACAUUUGGAGUAAUACCAUGUUCCGAAAAUGUUGAGUUAGGUUCUUACUUUUCUGGGGAUCCCAAUACUUACGUCAAACUGAAGGAGAGAUUCAAGGUGGGAGAAGUGUUCAAUUUGAAAAUGGACAUCAAACCGCGUGUGAUAUCUGGCGUUCUAGCGGCAGCUCACGGAAAGAAGGACUAUUAUGUUUUGGAACUGCACAACGGACACUUACAGUUGACAGUAGAAAAUGGCAAGGGACCUGUCACGGCUUCGUUCACAGCAGAUUCACCUGAUCACAAGUACCAUCUGUGUGAUGGGCAGUGGCAUACCAUUCAAGCUGUCAAAUCGAAGAACGUCAUCACCUUGUCAGUAGACAGCAUGUUCACCAGUCCGAAAAUAGGUCCCGCCCACUCGACAUCCACCGACACAGGCAGCGCCCUCUUCUUGGGCGGGCACCGUCUCAUCAAAAAGGUGCGCGGCAUCCAAUCACGUACGCCCUACGUGGGAUGCGUCAGAAAUGUCACCAUUAACGACGAGAGGGUCGAUCUGACAAUGUUGCCGAGCACGCUCAUCAGCGGCAACGUCGAUAUCGGCUACUGCCCCACCAAUUAGGUUUAAGUAAUAAAGCAUUCGAUAGUAUUUUGGUUCUUUCAUUGCUAUCAUUAAUUAUAAUUCCCGAUGAUCUAUAUUAAAUUGGGAAGUUACAAUCAUCACUAUUGACUUUGGUAUUUUUUAAAUAAAAUAAUCUGCAACUCAAGUAUGGAGUAUCUACUUAGCAUUCGGAAAUCCGAUUCGGUAUAGUCCAGUCAUAUUAGACUGGUUCUUUUGAAACAGUACCAACUGCGUUUUGUUCAGCUGGAAAGUCUAAUGUUCCUGGACUACUCCGAAUGGGAAUCUCCAUCGUUUGCAACCAAAUUUAAGUAACACUCAACAUACAAGUUAACAGAUGACCUUUACUAAACCUCUCCCACAGAGCUUGUCAAACUUCUCACUUGGCUUGUGUUUUAUCUGGAUCUAGACAUUUGUUGCAAGGUUAUGUGACUCAUAAGUUAGUUCUCGCUAUAAUGAUGACGUGACAAUACGAGAUUUACAAUUUUUUUAUUGUUCCAAACAUCAACCAUAUUAGGCCAUUCUAUUUUCUAUUUGUAUCGUUUAGUAGUGGGUGUUUUAAACCAAAGAAGUAAUUUCCAUAUUAAUUUCAAUAUAUUGUAUUUUAUCUCAA